GGAGUCUGGGUCGAAACUUUGAUCAGCUUCCACGAAGCAGCAAGAUAGAUAGAAGUAUGAAAAUGGCCAUGGACAAGACAAAAGGACAUAUAUUGUAGACACGAAAGUGAUGCAUAAGGACCCAAUAUCGGAUGUUAGUCGAGGCCAAGCAAGUGUGGGGCUUAGCUCGUGGGGUACGCUCCAUGGGGCAUAGUGGAUGGGUCCUAGUGCACAGCCGCUGCCGCCCAAGAAACCGAGGGGGGUCGGCAAUUCAUCACCUGCGCUGGCGUCGCAACACGAUGCGUCGCGACUUAUUAGGAUGCAUUGAUAGCUGCUAGAGCUGAAGCAUACUUUUCCAGCUUCCUGCAUCUACUUCUUUUCUUCACUCUGAUCCAUUUUGCAAGUGAAUUUUGUAAAUACUACUAUUCGGUUAUGGAUCUUGUCGCACCCGUCGCAGGAGCAAUUGCUGGCGUCAGCGCUGCCGCCGCCUAUCUCGAUGCUAAAUACCACAUUACCAAAGACAUAAGCGGUAUUCGUGGCCAACGAGCAGCACAACGCAUUCAUGAGAAAGCCGUACGAGGUGGGAGCCAGAGCCUCUGGUACCUAUUCGAAGCCCAAGUUCGCCGCCUCCCGUCAAACGAAGAAGCCAUCUGGUCUCGCAAUGGCUGCUACACCUGGGCCGAGACGUACGCGAACGCAUGCCGCUACGGCCAAUUCCUUCUAAACAAUGGCGUGCAAUCGGGCGACCUUGUUUCCAUGUACAUGACGAACCGACCCGAGUUCCUGUUCGCACACCUCGGGAGUUGGUCUAUUGGCUCGGCACCCGCGUGGAUCAACUACAAUCUCAGUGGCGAUUCCCUGGUACAUUGCCUGAAAGUGGCGGCUACCAAGGUCAUACUUGUGGAUGAAGAUUCCGAGUGCCGGGAGAGGAUUGAGGCUGUCAGAGAGAGGUUGGAGGGCCAGUUGGGUAUGACCAUCGUCGUUUUGGACGCGCAACAAAAGGGAGAGAUCUCGCGCAUGGAGCCUAGGAGACCGGACGACGAGCUUAGGGCCGGUGUAAAGGGGAAAUUUCCCCUCUUUCUCUUCUAUACGAGCGGCACGACGGGUCAUCCCAAAGCAUGUCCCUUCGAAACGCAAAGAGGCGCUGCUCUUACUGGCCGUGUAGGCGCAAUGGGCAUGAAGCCAGCACCCAAUGGCGAUAGGUGGUAUGUCUGCAUGCCUCUCUAUCAUGGUACAGGAGGGACAACGGCGCUUGUCUGUAUGAUCUCUGGCAUACCAUGCUGCAUCGGUACCAAGUUUUCAACAUCACGCUUCUGGACCGACGUCCGAGACUCACGAUCCACCGCCAUCGUAUAUGUGGGAGAGACAGCCCGAUACCUUCUCAACAGCCUACCAAGCGAGCUUGACCGAAAACACAACGUUCGAAUCAUGUUCGGAAACGGCCUACGCCCAGACGUUUGGCACCGUUUCGUGGACCGCUUCGGAAUCGAAGUCGUUGGCGAGUUCUUCAACAGCACCGAAGGCGUCAUGGCCUUGAUGAACGGUUCUCGCGGCCCAUUCACAGCUACUUCUGUCGGGCAUCAAGGCGUUAUCGACCGAUGGCGAUUCCACAACACCUACGUACCGGUCGAAAUUGACUUCGCUACCGGCGACCUUCUUCGAGAUCCCAAGACUGGCUUCUGCAGACGCAAAUCCUAUGAGGAGGGCAGUGAAAUCCUCGUCCAAAUGCCCAGCGAGGAGGCUUUUGUCGGCUACUGGAACAAUCCAGAGGCCACGCAAAAGCGCUUCGAGCGCAACGUCUUCAAGAAAGGAGACCUCUGGUACCGCACGGGCGACGCCUUACGCCGCGACGCGGAUGGUCGUUGGUUCUUCAUGGACCGCCUAGGUGAUACUUUCCGCUGGAAAUCCGAGAACGUUAGCACAGCAGAAGUCAGCGAGGCGCUUGGCAGCUUCCCCGGCAUCCAAGAAGCAAACGUGUACGGUGUUGAAGUACCAGGCUACGACGGACGAGCAGGCUGCGCGGCUAUCCACAUCGAUCCUUCGCACCGCGAUUCAUUUGACUUCAACGCGCUGCUAGCACAUGCCAAAGCAAAACUGCCAAAGUAUGCAGUGCCUGUCUUCUUGAGAGUGCAGAAACAGCAGACUACGAUGCAUAACAAUAAGCAGAAUAAAGUCCCGUUGAGGAAUGACGGUAUUGAUUUGAGAAAGAUUGUAGAGAGGGCGGACAAGGAAGCGCGAGAGCAGGGAGUCGAGGCGGUGGAGUACGAUACAGUGUACUGGCAUCCUGCGGCCCUGGGGGCUGGCAAGGGUGUAGGGAAAGAUGACAAGGGCUAUGUUGUCUUCACGUUGGAAGAUUGGGAUAGAUUGAGAAGUAGUGUGGAUGGUGGGGCGGCAAAGUUGUGAAGUGCGAUGUCCGUGUAGUUGCCCAUUGUCUUGGAGAUCAUUCUCGAUUUGUACUUUGUAGAAUUUCUAGCUCUGAAUGCAAUAAAGUGUAUAUGUAGCCCGGCCGGCUCAAGCGGUGGCUCCAGGUGGUUAUGGCUUG